AUGCCGAUUGACUGGUGUGCUCAUCCAGUAGCCCAUCUUAGUACUACGAAACUCGGCUGCAGACCGAGUCAUCCAAAAGGAGACCGCAGACUUCAUGCCGAAUUAACAAGACAUAUCAGCGAAACAUAUGGGAUGAUCGAUGAAACAGGUCAGUUUCUCACUGGUUAUCGUCUUUGUCGUACCUGUUAUGAGAAAGAGUAUGCAAUAUACAAUGCUACGAAAUCUCAUCAACAGAAUAUGGGAGAAGAUGGGGGUGAAGUGAUGGAUGUUGAUGAUGAAAAUACAGAAAAUCAGCGGCAACUGCAUUCAACAACGAACGAUUUAUCUAUGGCUGAUUAUCAAAUGAAUGAAAAAUUGGAAUCAUCGACACCUGAAUCUUUCACAGGAAGUGAGGAUAGUGAUGAUAGUGAACAUGGAUACCGACAACAACAAGCAAAGCAUAUCUUAAACAAAGUUUUUCAAGCAUUAAGCAUUACACCAAUUCUUGAUACACGGAAUACCGGUGCAUUAAAGCGGGAUGUUACAAGAGCGAUUCAAGGCAUUAGAAAAUUAGCCGAUGAACUAUGUCAUGUACCUAGUACCAAGACAUUAAAGUCCAACGUGACAUUACUCACAACAGAAGAAAAUGUAUCAUUAAUCGAUGGUCUGAAGCGUCUGUUUGAUUCCAGUGAUUAUGAUGAUCAAGUGCGCCUUCUCACAUUAUCUCCGCCUACCUGGGGUCGAGUACAAAUCGAAAACUUCUUUUUUUGCAAUGAAUGGCAGUCGCGUCGAGCAUUAGAAAUACGAGGCUCAUUCGGAAUUCUAGCAACACCAACGAACUUUAGUGGAAACCCUAGAAUUAAUCCUCUUUUGGUUGACGAAAUACAAGCCUUCUAUCAAGAAGACAUUAUUAGUCGACAAACAUCAAACAAGAAAGACGUGAUCCAUGUGAAAAAGCAACCGAUUCCAGUCCGAUUUAUGAAUUUCACAGUGGGACAAGCUUAUGCUGUCUUCUUAAAAAAGCUGAAAGACAGAGAUUCAUUAGAAUCAGUUUCCAGGGGAAUGUUUUACUCUCUGAAGCCAAAGUGUGUCAAGAUUUUGAAACCUCACGAUGUAUGCGCCUGCAUUUAUCACGAGAAUUUCGAUUUCUUAAUUCAGGGAUGGAAUAAAAUGGGUUUGACAAAGAUCGAAAGCAAAAUGUUGAUAUCCGAUUUGGUCUGUCACUCACCAACCGAGGAAUGUUUUUUCAAUGAAUGCAGACAAUGUCGAGACAAUCAACCAAGUGAAUAUCUCAAACAUUUUCUGAACAACCAAAUUAGUUUAUUCGAUGAUUGCUCAUGGAUGAUAUGGCGAAAAUCUGUAUCAUCGACUGAGAAAAGUAAUGGCGAAAAUUCCAAUGCUGAUAAAAAAAUUUUAUUGCAAAAAAAUAUCGGAUCGGUUGAAGAUCUACUAGAAGAAUUUGACUGUCAGUGGAAAACUUACGUUAAACAUUCUUACAUUACAAGUCAACAGUCUAGCUACAUCAAAAUGAUCAAAGACCAAGCCGAUGAACAUGAAACUAUCGUCGUUCAUAUGGAUUUUGCUGAAAACCACACUCUACUAGCUCAAAAUGAAAUUAUGCAAGCUCAUUGGACGAAUCAACAAGCGACGCUUUUCACUGUCCAUAUCAAAACCGCGAAAGAAAAACACCAUAGCUUGAUAAUCAUAAGUGAUUAUCUUGCACAUGAUGUCGAAUUCGUGCAUACUGCUCAAAGCAUCAUCAGUGACUAUGUACAAAGCAUUUAUCCAACAGUAAAACGAUUGAAUUACGUCUCGGACGGUGCUCCGCAACACUUCAAAAAUAACAAAAGCAUAUUGAAUUUAACAUGCCAUCAAGUAGAUUUUGGUAUUCCUGCAUCGUGGUCUUUUAGUGCCACUGCACAUGGAAAGGGUGCUGUAGAUGGCAUUGGUGCCGCCGUCAAGUAUCGGGCAACAAGAAGGGUUUUGAGUGGAACCACUUCUGAUGCUAUAUUAACACCUGAAGAUCUAUAUAAAUUUACUCAGAGUGAUAGCUCGAUGAAUGUUUUCUACAUGAACCAAAAGCGAAUCAAAACCAUUGCGAGAAAUAUCAGUUACUCAACCGAUGGAACCGUGAUAAACCAGAAGGGUGGAUUAAUCAAAUUCGAAGCCAGCACCAAUUCGAUCCUGUGGGGAUAA